AUGCACCAGGUCUCCUUACAGGAUUCUCAAGCUCUAGUCAUAUUCCGAGGUGACCCUUCGCUUUCGCCGGCUUCCUUUGCCAUUUCAAUCAACAGCCUGGGCUUCAGAUGCCAUUGUCUACUACCCAGAGAGGGCGAGCUCUCUUCUGACUCUCCAUCGUCGUCCUCGACUCUCACCAAUUCUCUCCAACUUCCUCUCUCUGUAUCUUUUCCUAUGGGUUUAUCCACCCUUUUAUCUGCCGGCACCACUGGAAUCUCAUUAAUCCGAAACACUAUAUCUUACACUCAAAUCAUGAUCUCAUGUAUGACUUCUAGCUCCUGUGUAGCGAGAAUCGAGGAGGCUACUUAUGGUUUGUCGGGAAUGUUAGGUGUACGGAUUAAUCUCGAUGCUAGUAUGGGCUUUUUCUAUCAUUUUCCCGAAUUCCUUACUUCCUUAGAAAUCUGCCGGCACAUUAGUGACUUUGGCUAUCCCAGCAAAGUUAUCCGCUUUAUCUCAGAACAAGAUAGCCCUAUCCCUAUCGAAUCAUCGUUAGAAGUAGCCAGUCCAGCCUAUGAACGUUUGCUUCCAGUUGGUGAUUCCCCAUUGUUGCAGUCUUCUACGCUCUCGCCUUCAGCUGCUUCCAUACAAAAUCCAUACUACCUUCUUGUACAGCUUACCUCUGAUAUUCAUAAUAAAGGCCAUCCAUCGACCUCUUCGGAUUUCCUUGCCGAAGAUUACAUUAUUUCCUUGAUUUCCAAGUCGAUCUCUUCCUUGAAACUACUUGCAACUUCUUUUACUGCCGUCACACCUCCAGAGUAUUCAAAUAAUUUAAGAUCACCUAUUUCUUCGGAAAACCUAUCUUAUUUUUUAUCCCCUCCGCCUUUUUUGCCUUGGACUAGCCCAAUUGACUCUAUCACGGAUUUUCCCAAUUUAUCUCGCUACUUACUUCUUGGGCUUCCCAAUCAAUGUAAUCUUCCAAUUAGGUCAGAUCGUUGGCCAUUCGAGCGUCUUUCUGCCACUCGCCGAGUCUGGCCAGCGUGGCUUCGAUUCCAAAAAUGUCUAUCGACCCCGAUGGAUAUGAAUUUUGGAGAACAAGAUAGCGAGUUUAAAGUCUCUGUGAGUGAUCCAUUUAUCCUUAUUAUUUUAAUAUUAACCAAUCUUCAUUGCCUUAUGCUUUUAUUCUAUUCUGGAUAA